AUGCGCGUGUCCUGCGGAGAGGUGUGUGCAUGCAGUGGUGCAUGGAGGGCAGGCAGAGCACGAGAGCUUUCGUAUAAAGACCAACCAGCGCGCGAGCUGCCACUUCAAGCAUCGAUCAGAUCAUCAGCUGCGCUGCGAAGCAGGGUGCCCAUCCGGAGUUGCGAGGUGGUUGCGAUGGCUAAGGUUCUCGCGUUUGUGUCAGCUUGCUGCCUGCUCGUGGCGUCCUCCGCCGCGGCGCGUAGCCUCGUCGGCGUCAACGGCAGGGCGUUUGGUAGCCGGAAGGACUACUACACUCCUGGUCCAUCGACUGUCCCACACCACUCUCCAGCAAGUCCCAGCCAUUCGGGCCCGCCAUGCUCGCCGACGCCGCCACACGGAGGUGGUGGAGGCUACAACCCGCCCUCGCCGUCCACCGGCGACGCGCCACCCUCACCAUCCAGUGACACCUCGCCGAGCACACCGAGUGGAGGCUACUACCCGCCCACGCCGUCCGUCGGCGACGCGCCGCCAUCACCGUCCAGUGACACCUCUCCCACCACGCCGGGUGGAGGCUACACGCCGACGCCGAGCGACACACCGCCCUCACCGUCCAGUGACACCUCUCCAACUACACCGGGUGGAUGCUUCAGUCCCACGCCGUGCGGCACACCACCCUCGCCGUCCAGUGGAACCUCGCCCACCACGCCGGGUGGAGGCUACACGCCGACACCGAGCGACACGCCCCCCUCGCCGUCCAGUGGCACCUCUCCAACUAUACCAGGUGGAUGCUCCAGUCCCACGUCGUGCGGCACGCCACCCUCGCCGUCCAGUGGUACCUCUCCUACCACGCCGGGUGGAGGUUAUAUGCCGACACCGAGAGACACGCCACCCUCGCCGUCCAGUGGCACCUCUCCCACCACGCCGGGUGGAGGCUACACGCCGACGCCGAGCGACACUCCGCCCUCGCCGUCCAGUGGCACCUCUCCCACUACACCGGGUGGAUGCUCUAGUCCAACGCCAUGCGGCACGCCACCUUCGCCGUCCAUUGGUACCUCUCCUACCACGCCGGGUGGAGGCUAUACGCCGACACCGAGCGAGACGCCGCCCUCACCGUCCAGUGGCACCUCUCCCACUACACCGGGUGGAUGCUCUACUCACACGCCAUGUGGCACGCCACCUUCGCCGUCCAUUGGCACCUCUCCGAUCACACCAACACCAGGUGGAAGCUACUACCCACCAACGCCAUCCAUUGGCGACGCACCACCCUCGCCGUCGAGUGACACCUCUCCGACCACGCCGGGUGGAGGAUACAACCCGCCCACACCGUCCACUGGCGGCGCACCACCCUCGCCGUCAAGUGACACCUCUCCGACCACACCGGGCGUAGGUUCCCCGUCGACGCCAUGUGACACGCCGCCCUCGCCGUCUAGUGGCACGUCCCCUACCACGCCUGGUGGAGGCUACAACCCGCCCACGCCGUCCAUUGGCAACGUGCCGCCCGCGCCAGCCAGUGGCACCUCCCCAAGCACACCGGGAGGAGGCUACUCUCCGCCUACACCGUGCAAUGCGCCGCCGUCGCCUUCUAGUGGCACCUCCCCAUCCACACCGGGUGGAGGCUAUUCUACGUCCACGCCGUGCAAUGCGCCGCCGUCGCCUUCGAGUGGCACCUCCCCGACCACACCGGGUGGUGGAUACUACCCGCCCGCGCCGACCAUUGGCGACGUGCCGCCUUCUCCGUCCAGCGGCACCUCCCCAAGCACACCGGGUGGCGGCUGCUCGUCCUCACCCACGCCGUGCGACGCGCCACCCUCACCGUCCAGUGACGCUUCCCCGACAACACCUGGUGGAGGUUACUACCCACCCACGCCAUCCGUUGGCGACGUGCCGCCCUCACCGUCCACCGGCACCUCGCCUUCCACACCGGGUGGAGGCUACUCUCCCUCCCCUUCCACCGGCGGCUACACGCCGACUCCGGAUGUUCCGAUCAGCACCCCGUCGACACCCUACUCCCCACUGGUGCCCACGCCGCCGUCGAGCACCACCCCGACGCCCUUCGAUCCCAACACCGCGCCCUUCCCGUGCACAUACUGGCUGUCGCACCCGAACGUUAUUUGGGGCCUGUUCGGGUUCUGGUGCCCGCUGGUGCGUCUGUUCGGGCCGACCGCCGCGGCGCCGUUCGGGCACGACCUGACCGUGACGGAGGCGCUGGCGAACAAGCGCACGGACGGCGUGGGCGAGCUCUACCGCGAAGGCACGGCGUCGCUGCUCAACUCCAUGGUGAACAGCAAGUUCGCCUUCAGCACGCAGCAGGUGAAGGACGCGUUCAGCGCCGCGCUCAGCUCAGGCGACGACCGCGCCGCCGCCGCGCAGGCGCAGCUCUUCAAGAAGGCCAACGAAGGCCACGUCAAGCGCUAGGCAGCAUAUGCAUCUCCUGUAACUUGUGGGUACUUGCCGCGGGCCGGCGGAGCUUUGCUGAGCCGGAUGCCAUGCGAUGGCACGCGGGGCAGCAUGCGUACGUGCUGGCCGGUGGGGUGGGUGGGGUUAUCUGGCACUUGCAUUCCGUUUGAUGUAGUCUUAGACAUGGGUGGGAAGCAUGAUGCGAGUGUUAAGUAUGUUUUAUUAUCCCUUUUAGAGCGCCUGCAUGGCCGCGAGGAAUAACUGUAGGACUGUUCUGCUUCCUUUUAAUUCAGUAUGUACGUAUGGUUUAAGCUUCAUAUGUGUUCUACUUCCUACUUCUAUAAUAUGGAGCAUAGAUAAAUCAAAUGCGGCAUAAUUUACGA